UAUUGUUAUGCCAGGUCGUACUUAUAACAUCAACGGCAACAACAAUAAUAAUAAUAUGGUCUUUUGCCAUCUCAUAUUAAAUAAUAAAUACUUACUCGCGAUGAAUAAAAUAUCAUAUAAUCCAACAAUAAAAGUAAAAUCAGGCCACUCGAGGAGGAUUCGGAAGCAAAUAUCAAAAAUCGAUUAGACAGCCAUUAUGUAUAGGCAUCGUCAUUAUAAUGAUAAACGGACAAUGGAGUUAUAGAAAAUAUUAUGAUCACUAAACACCGCGUGUGAUUUAGGAGAUGGUAGAGGAAAUCGUGGUUACAGUGAAAGGUGGUCGGGUAGUCAGUGGUCAUAGUGCUUUUGAUUCUCGGACCAUCUGCAUGUAUGUGAACGCAUUGUAGUAUUAACAUAACUAUUAAUAGUAUCAUGAUGUUUUUACAGGUAUUGUUGUUCUGUCUGAUCGCCUAUGGACACAGCAGACCGUCGGACAACGAUGAACACGACGAGAUCAUAAGAGAAGCGAAGAGGGAUAAUAAACAUUUCCAACAUGAUAGCGUAAGCGAACUACCGCUACACCAAAUGGAAUCUUCGACUACGGAAAACAUGUUGGGCCGAUUGAAAUCGAUAGCGCACCUGCGAAUGGCCGAGACGAAAAAGCCGGCAUUGGAUUCCAUAACCAGAGAAGAGCUGGAAGCGCUUAGGGACAUUUUAGACGAAAACCUUCAAAAGUACCAGAACUACAACGAGUACUCGACGAGGAAACGGCCGAGAGACCCAUACAUAGGUCAGAUCCUCCAUAACCUGAACGGUGAACCGCCAUCAACCGGCGGCGGUAACAACAACAUGCGGCAACAGCAACAACACUACCACCACAACAACAACUAUAACAACAACGACGGCGACGACGAACAACUGUCGGACCACCACCAAAUGCCCAUCAGGCGCAAGAUCAUCAGACAUACGGUGUUCGCGACGCCAAUGCAGGGUGGCAACGCGGGCGUUCCGAAUCGGAUGUAUAACGGCGGUGACGCUUCAUCGAGGAUCGAUUGGUCGUCGCCGUGGGCCGAUUACUUUCCGAUAUUGAUCAAAGAUCCACUGCAGACGAUGAUGAACUCAUUUUCCGAGAUCAUAGAGUACGGUCCGGCAGCUGACAUUUGCAGGCACUCGACGGGCAACGUGGCCGCCAUGGCGGGCGAGGACACCAACCGGUUGGACGGCGGGGAAUCGUCCCGGACUACUAGGCGGAUUGUCAGUGGCGGCAAAGUGUCCGCCGUUGCACCGGAAGCGCGAAGACGGUCGCGCCGGAACACGGUGGCCGCGCGGUCUGAAGAGGAAAAGGGAGCGCUGCUGAACCACGUGCGGCCGUUCAAACACACAACGACGACGACCGCGGCGCCGGAACCGUCAAAGCUGUUCGGCUGGACGCCGGACAAGGAGGCCACCGAGCACAACGGCGACACGGGCCCGCAGAUCAAGCGGCUAGUGGUGCGCCGCGGCGGCGUGGCGAUCGCGGGCCCCGGCGGUAUAGCCACCGCGGGAUCCGGCGGCACGGCGAUCGUGGGCCCCGGCGGGUCGGCGUACAGCAACAAGCACACCGCGUCCGGCUCCUCCGCGGACGUUCCCGUGCCCGCGGGCGGCAUCUCAAUGGCCGGAUACGGGCCACAGAUGGUGCAGGGCCCGACCGGAUAUUACGCGCCAUACCCGCAGCAAAACAACGGUUUUGGUCGGAGUUUGAGGGACGCACGCGCCGGCGGCACGGCCUAUCUGUCCGCUGACGGCGUCGCGUACACGUUCCCCACGCCGUCCCGCGGGUUGACGGCGUCCCAGCGUCGGCGCGGCGAGGGCGACGGCCGCGAGAUAUCACUUCCGGACGGCGCCAAGCUGAUAGCCACCGGGCCGAUAGUGUACUACAACCCGGAACCGGCCGUCCGGAAGAAGUCGCGCAAAAGCAAAAAGUCCGCGAAACUCGUUGACCACCAGUUCUGACGACAGUCCCGCCGCUGUACGUUUAUCCGUUUGUUCCUCUACAACAACACAAGACUGUCGUGAUAUAUUGCACAUGAUGAUAACAAUAUGAUAUUACUAUAGCUCUAUAAUUGUUGUGCCUACAUUUACACUAUAUAUACAUAAUAUUAUUACUAUACUUACAUAAGUUUAUCUAUACCUGUCGUAUAUUUUAUAGUAAUAUUCUUAGUAGCUAACGUUUAUUGAAGUAGUAGACAUUUAACAAUAAUUUAUUAUACAUCAUAAUGUACUUACCUAUAUAAUACAUAUAAAUUUAUAAAUUAAUAGUUAUUAAAUACGCUAGGAUAUAGGUAUAUACGAUUAUAAAUCUCGUGGUAGUUCCAUAAUAUUAUUUACAUGUAUAUAAUAUUAUAAAUAUAUAAAAAUUUGUAGUUCUCCCCUUCGUCAAUUGUAUGCUCUUAAUUUAUCAAACUAAUAAGGUGUAGACAGUAUUGUCAUAUUAUGUAUUGUUAUGCGAGUAAGGUAUUACGCGUGCCUAACGUUAUACGUAGUACAUUAUAUUAUUAUACGAUCUUUAAUAUUAUACUAUACUUAUAAUUAACAAUAUUUUUAAAAUUUCUUUUAAAAUUUCUUUUUAAAUAUUUACUUAUAUUAUUCAACUAUGAACCCAGAGUGUACAAGCUACUUAUUUAUAAUGUUUUCCUCAUUAAUACGUUAACGUAAUUAAGUCUUAUUUGAUAUUACAAGUAGGUAAAUAAGAUACCUAUAUGUAAUCUCAACUGCUAAGUUAUACUACAAAAUUUUAUUUUAUAAGCAAACCUAAUUAAUUAGAACACUUACAUAUUUAUUUUGAAACAUUAUUUUAGUCUUAUAUAAUUAUAAUUAUAAUAUUUAUUGCAAUAACCUCAUUGUAAUAUUAUAAUUCAAGUAUAUUAUUAUUAUAAUGUAAAACUUUUUUUUUUAAAUUUAAAUUUAAAUACACCGUAUAUUUUACAUUUUAAUUCGAGCUUUGUGGUAGAAAAUUAAUUUAGUUGUAACGAAUCAAUACAAUCUUGAAUUGAUAACUAAUUGAAGAACUUUAUGAAGUAUGAUAAUAUUAUAUUAUAAUAUAAUUUUAGAAUAUAAAGCCUUUCAUGGAUUUAAAAAUUGGAAUGUACUAUUUAGACAUUUGGUACUGUCGGUACUAACACGUCAAUUUAAUACUGCAUUAAUGCGUUACUGUGUAGGUAUAAUAUUUCAAUAACAAAACCCUAAAACCAUAAACUAAUAAAACGAGAUUUUUUCUUCA